UGUCACAGCCUGGUGGGCUACUCUUGGAGGAAGUUCGUCACGUCGUAGUUGUCUCGGCACAGCGGAUGUGUGUCGCCGCUUAGGUGACGCUGGGAAGUGCUUGCAGCCCCCGCCGCUGCCUUUUGCUUGAAGCACUAUGGAGGGAGAGAGGAAGAACAACAACAAGCGGUGGUAUUUUACUCGAGAGCAGCUGGAAAAUAGCCCUUCGCGUCGUUUCGGCGUGGACUCAGAUAAAGAACUAUCUUAUCGCCAGCAGGCGGCCAAUCUCCUCCAGGACAUGGGACAACGUCUUAACGUCUCACAACUGACCAUCAACACUGCCAUUGUGUAUAUGCACCGGUUCUACAUGAUUCAGUCUUUCACACAGUUCCAUCGAUAUUCUAUGGCUCCAGCAGCAUUGUUUCUAGCAGCAAAAGUGGAAGAACAGCCAAAAAAGUUGGAACACGUCAUCAAGGUAGCACAUACUUGCCUCCAUCCGCAGGAGUCACUUCCUGACACGAGGAGUGAGGCCUACCUCCAACAAGUUCAAGAUCUGGUGAUUUUAGAGAGCAUAAUUUUGCAGACCUUAGGGUUUGAGCUAACAAUUGAUCACCCACAUACACAUGUGGUAAAGUGCACCCAGCUUGUUCGGGCAAGCAAGGACUUAGCACAGACGUCUUACUUCAUGGCAACCAACAGCCUGCAUUUGACCACAUUUAGCCUGCAGUACACACCUCCUGUUGUGGCCUGUGUCUGCAUCCAUCUGGCUUGCAAGUGGUCCAACUGGGAGAUCCCAGUCUCAACUGACGGGAAGCACUGGUGGGAAUAUGUUGACGCCACUGUGACCUUGGAACUUUUAGAUGAAUUGACACAUGAAUUUCUACAGAUUCUGGAAAAAACUCCAAGCAGGCUGAAACGCAUUCGGAACUGGAGGGCAUACCAGGCUGCCAUGAAAACCAAACCAGAUGACCGAGGAGCGGACGAAAACACGUCAGAGCAGACAAUCCUCAAUAUGAUUUCUCAGACCUCUUCAGACACAACUAUUGCAGGCUUGAUGAGCAUGUCCACUACAUCUACCACAAGUGCAGUGCCUUCCCUUCCUGCCUCUGAGGAGUCGUCAAACAGUCUGACUAAUGUGGACAUGCUGCAAGGUGAGCGAUGGCUGUCUUCCCAACCACCUUUUAAACUCGAGUCUUCUCAGGGUCAUCGGACUAGUGAGAACGUAGCACUUAUUGGGGCUGAUCACUCCUUGCCACACGAAGGCGCCAAUGCAUUUGUUUCCCAGAAGCAGACUAGCAAGAAUGCGCCGACAGCUAAAGUUACACUUAAAGAGUACCGUGCAAAGCACGCUGAAGAGUUGGCUGCUCAGAAGAGACAGCUGGAGAACAUGGAGGCCAAUGUGAAGUCACAGUAUGCGUAUGCCGCCCAGAAUCUCCUGUCUCACGACAGCCAUGCUUCAGUUAUUCUGAAAAUGCCCAUUGAGGGCACAGAAAAUCCUGAACGCCCUUUUCUGGAAAAGGCUGACAAAUCAGCUCUGAAAAUGAGACUCCCAGUGGCCAGUGGAGAUAAAGCAGCCUCUUCCAAACCAGAGGAGAUAAAAAUGCGCAUUAAAGUGCACUCUGCAGGUGAUAAGCACAAUUCUGUAGAAGACAGUGUGGCCAAGAGCCGGGAGCACAAAGAGAAGCACAGGACUCACCCGUCCAAUCACCACCAUCACCACAACCACCACUCACACAAGCACUCUCACCUACAGCUGCCCGUCGGCACUGGGAGCAAAAGGCCGAGUGAUCCAAAACACAGCAGCCAGGCGAGCGCCUUAGCACACAAAACCUACAGCUUGUCUAGUACUUUGCCUUCUUCCAGCUCUGCUCGGAAAAGGGGUCCUCCCGAAGAGGCUGGGCCAGCAGUAUUUGAUCAUCCAGCCAAGAUUGCCAAGAGUACUAAAUCUUCCUCCUUGAAUUUCCCCUUCCCUCCUCUUCCUACAAUGGCCCAGUUGCCCGGGCACAGCUCAGACACAGGUGGCCUGCCCUUUUCACAGCCUAGCUGUAAAACUCGAGUUCCUCACAUGAAACUGGAUAAAGGCCUUCCUGGGGCUAAUGGUCACAACACAACUCAGUCAAUAGAUUAUCAAGAUACUGUGAAUAUGCUCCACUCCCUGCUCAGUGCCCAAGGCGUUCAGCCCACUCAGCCCCCUGCAUUUGAAUUUGUCCCUUCUUAUGGUGAAUAUAUGAAUCCAAGAGCUGGUGGCAUCUCCUCCAGAUCUGGCAAUACAGACAAACCUCGGCCACCACCCCUCCCAUCAGAACCGCCUCCACCACUUCCACCUCUUCCUAAGUGAGAAACAACAAAAGAAAGGAAGAAAGGGGCAAAAACUUAAAAAACAAAAAAACACCUUUUUGUUUUGACUACUGAUACUGGACUACGAAAACUACAUCCCUUAUGAAAUACGUCACCCCUGGACUAAGGAACUGAUUGCUAUUGAGACAGGUGGGGAGGGUGGUGGAGGGCCUCAGUGCCAUCUCUGCUGCCUCCCUCACACAUCUGUUUUAUAGCUUAUACUGGUAUCAGAGAGAUGGGGUUAGUGUUGAAGCUGUGACGGAUUCUGUUGCUGGCCUCUCCCCAUCCUGGUUAGGUUGGCUGGAGUAGGUGUCUUUCCUCUUCUUGCCAGAACUGAAAUGUGGAGGGCAUAACACGCAGUUGUGCAGUCUUUUGGUGUUUAACAUAUCAGAAGAGAGGAAGUAUUUAAACGUCAAAUCUUUAAGAGACUUUAAAAAAAUAAUUUAAAGAAAGUAAGUUAUCUGUUUAGUUUUUUUAUAUAAUCGGGAGGGGCAAGGGGUUUGCUGUGUCUGUGAGGAGCAUAGCAGUGACCGAUGAG